CUCCCCAAUCCCAAACAAACUGCUCCGUCUCUCUCUCUCUCUUUCUCGCUCUCUGGCUUUCUAGAAUGCAACAAGCGAUCCCGUGCAACAGCGGUCGGACGUGGUUUGCUCCCACGGCGGCGAGUAACGGCGUCGUCCACGUGACGGUGAAAGACCGUCCGUCCGUCGACGGGCCGUCGACGUCGUCCUCGUCGUCGGACGGUGGUGGUGGUGGAGGAGGUGGCGGGGGGAUGAGGAGGCUGGUGGCGGAGAACCCGGUGCUGGUGGUGGGGCGGCGGGGAUGCUGCAUGUGCCACGUGGUGAAGCGCCUUCUGCUGGGGCUGGGAGUCAACCCGGCGGUGUUCGAGGUGGCGGAGGACGCCGAGGCGGCGCUGGUGGAUGAGCUGGCGGAGAUCGCCGGCGGCAGUGGGGUUCGACAGCAGGUGCUGUUCCCGGCGGUGUUCAUCGGGGGGAGGCUGGUGGGAGGGAUCGAUCGGCUCAUGGCCGUCCACAUCUCCGGCGACCUCGUGCCAAUCUUAAAGGAAGCCGGAGCACUCUGGCUCUAAAAAGUUUCCCUCUUUAUAUAUAUAACUUCUUUUUUCGCUCUUUAAUUUCAAUUUUUCGUUUUGGUUUCGGAGUGUAAUUUUAUUUUAAUUAUGGUUUGAAGGAUAGAUGGUAGGGCGUCGAGCGUGUCAAAGGCCGCAAUUUGUGUGGUUCAGGGAGAAACACGAUUUUAUUUUAAGGAGGGGCGGGAUCUUUUUUUGUAAAUUACUAAAUUUUGUGUAGAAUAAUGUGGAUUAAUAAAUGGUGAUAUCUACUUCUCCUUGGACA